AUGCCGAAGUUCGUAAAAUUUUUAAAGGGAAUCUUAUCUAAUAGAAGGCAGAAAGGCGACUUUGAGACUGUAGCACUGAUAGAGAAUUGUAGCACUCUCCUUAUGACGAAUCAUCCACCCAAGGUUCAGGACCCAGGAAGUUUCUUCGUACCGUGCAAAAUUGGUUCUGAACUUAUACCAAGAGCUUUUUGUGACUUGGGAGCCAGUGUUAGCCUGCUCCUGUACUCUUUAUGCAAGAAGUUGGGUUUCCAGAACAUUGAAUUGACCACGAUGGCACUGCAACUAGCUGACCAUUCAUGCAGGUACCCGAUAGGAAUAGUGGAGGAUGUGCCAGUUGAAGUAGGUGGAUGCAUAGUUCCUAUAGAUUUCAUUAUCUUGGACAUGGAGGAAGAUCUCAAGAUACCGAUCAUCCUUGGAAGACCAUUCCUUGCCACGGCUGGAGCCAUCAUCGAUGUAAAAAGCCAUAAGUUAUCCUUGGAGAUCGGAAAGGGAAAGAUUGAAUUUGAUUUGUCCAAUUCUUCCAUAUGCAACCCCUCUUCUCAGGGAAAUUCUCACAAAAUCAGCACAUACAAAGAAGGGGAGUACGAUUUUUAUGAGAGUUCCCCUCUAGCAAGCAGUAAGAAACACAUCUAUCCUGCACGAGUGAAACUGAAGGCACGGGCUGGAGCAUCAACCCUAGAAGGAGAGCUGUCCUCCAACGAGUUUAGCCCACACUGA